AGCUGCAGUGAGGCAUGCAGCACAACGGCUCCACUGGAUCAUUAACGUUUUCUAUGAAACGGGAGACAGUUUGAUCAGAAAGUCUGGCAGCAGAGAAGCUUUACGGAACCAAACCGCUUCUUCAUCUGCGAGUAAAACCUGGAUUGUCACCGGAACAGAAUGGGUUCCUGCGCUGCUUUCUUGUUCUUUGUUUUUUUAAGAUUCAUCAUCCUUUCAGAGCAGGACUGUAAUGAUCAAUUCGUCAUAGAUGACGAGAUCGCCAAAAGCAUGACAGAGCUUAUUUCGCUAGCAAAUUGCAGCAGCCUUGAGGAAACCCUAAAAUGCACUGUAUGGAUAAACAAAGACCGAGACUUUUUUAAAAAUGUCAAAUCAGAAUGCUUUGACGAGGAGGAUUCUGACUUGAAGAAAAAGUGUCCAAACAUAACUGCAGAGAGUGACAAAAUAUAUAUGCUCCACUUCAGGUGUUUGUUUGCCAAAGUACGCAACGUAAAGUACAGUGACGAAGCCAUAAAAAGCGUCUUUGAAGAUUGUCAGCACUUCAUUUCUGGGAUCGACACUAUAAGGCGUCUGUGGAACACUUCAGAUAAUACGUCUCAUGCGGAUCAGAUAACAAACUCGCCAUCACAAACACCAGACCCACCGAUCACAUGGCCAACCGCCUUCGUCCUGGUGUUGCUGUUACUGUCCGUCGUGGUUAACAUCAUGCAGUGGCUCAACUCUUUCCAGCAGAAACGGAGACUCAACGUGAAGCAGAAGGCAAUGAAUACUGAAUGCAUCUCCCUAAAUGAAGACGCAACGGCGGCAGAAAAAAGCCCAGAGGAAAGCGUAACUUACUCGAAUGAAACUGUGUAUUGAGGACCAAACUCAUGACCUCAUUUCGUCAAACUCUUCACUCGCUUUUGGGAGGGAACCCUUUUCCUGGAUGAAGAUAUGAGCCUCUGAAUCAUUUUGUCCACCACAAACAAACUAACAAAAAAAGAAAAACAAGACAUGAAAGAAGAUGUUGCAGGAAGCUGCGUUGGUCACUGAGUCUUCAAUCGGAGGCUGAACUCCAGCAGCAAAGGUCACGUCACUCCAAUUGACUGAAUGCUGCUCCUCUACCUCCCAUGAUGCUCAAUUAUUUGAACUGAAAUGGUCACAGGAAGAAUAACCAAUAACUGCUUAUAAUGUUUGAGUGCACUGAACUGUAAUGCAUUCACCGUACAGUACCCGGUGAAAGUAUUCAUACCAGUUGGAACGUUUUCCCCGAUGUUGUUUUGCAAAACUACCACAAACCGUUUAGUAUUUUAGUGGGCUUUUAUCUUUUACAUCAGCACAGAAAAGUAUUCAUUUGUUUUAGAGGAAGGAGAAUGGAUUUAUCCCGGACCGGUAGGUGAUUCCCCCAUUCCAAGCUCAUUCUUCAAACUGCACAGACCAAGUAGGUCUGUGCAAAAGCAACAUUGUGGGUGUCAUUGUCCCCCAGAUGGGACUGUCUUGUUGCAGAGAAACAAGUCAUUAUCGUGAGUAAAAAUUUUCACUAAAGUUUUCACGAUCGGUUCGUUUGUCCAGGAGCAACACGCCACAAGAACCAAUUCCAGUCACGAACUCCCCGAUUCCAGAUGAAAAUCCAGAAAAAGCCCCAACAUACCAUACGUGAAAUUAGAAUAAACAAACUCAAUAACGAUGUAGAAGCAGUAGUAGUGAUAAAAGACGAAACAAAAAGAAAAGGCGUUGGAUGAAAGGAACAGCCGCUCUAUUUGCUGUACUGUGAUUUGGAGGUGAGUUGUGUUUUUUCGUAGUUCACAUUUUUUUAAUAAACAUCCAUGUUUAUGAAGCACAUGAUAGUUUCCACAUAUCAUCUCUGAUGUCCACUGGACUCUCGGUUCCGCCACGUCAACUGUUUGGGAUUCCCCUCCACGUUUUCUGAUUGGCUACCUGUCACAUUCGACAGGCUGCGUUCUCGCUCCCAGUCAGAGAAACCAGGGCAAAAACUGAAAUUGUGCCAUGUAAACCAGGCUUUAGCUUACACACCAACAUGCAGAAGCCUUAUCUGAUGACCCAGACUGAACGAUUUUGUUGACUUCCUCCAGUGCCACAAUUCUAAAACAGCUCAAAACUGUGACAUCAUUGUUCCCACAAUAUUGAUGUAUCGUUGAACCUUUUGAAAGAGCCAAUGCUUUUCUAGCCAACUUGUCAUGAGUGUGUUUACUACUGGUUUAAAGUGUGGAUGUCAAAUACAGCAAAAGAAGUUUGUAAAUGUGUCCAAAGUAGAUAAGGUUAAGCUAUUAAAAAAAAUACUUUUUUUUAUCUUUAAAGUCAGUAUAUUAAGUAUUUUAUGUAUACGGUUCAAAUGAUCUAUUUGAAAAGUUAUAUACUGCUAUACUGUAUUGCUAUUGCCAUUGUUGUUGUUUUAUUUUUUUAUUACAUAUUUUGUGAAAAGUGUGUCAACUCAAAGUGUCUUUGCAACCCUUCCGCUUGCGUUGUCACAGGGGAUAUAGAAUAUGAAAAUACUAAAAUGGUUGGUUGUGAUGUGGUCAAACAUGUAAAACAAGGAAGAAAGGGAAAAGAAAAGAAAGCUUAUGUGUAUAUAUUUUGUGACCUUAUUUAUUGCUUUCUGCAUAUUAAGAAACAUAAUUUUCCAUGUUGGCGCAGCUGCAGUCUGAGUCAUGCAGCUUUUUGAAACAGUAGGACUAAAAACAGAUUUACUGAAUUCAGUUGGACAACCAGUGACCGUGCACUAAUUAGGUUUUGGUUAGUUAUCAGACAUUGCACUAUUAGCACUAUUAUUUAAAGCUACAACCACGUGUUUUGUUUUGUUUUAUGGGAACUCAAUGUGAUAGAUCAACCUAAAGGAAUUUAUACCGGUAAAGUGAAAAAAACAAAACAGAAAUGUGGUUGGUUUUUUUCUGUUCUUUUUGUUGUUGUUUAUUUUGGGGGUUUUUUACAAAUUAAAACUGCAAAGUUUAACCAUUUGAAUCAUUGUUUUCAUAGCACCAGCCUUCAAUAGGAUCUCAGCUUUACGUUUCUUCAGGUCAGUCUUUACCGGCUGACCUGGUAAAGACAGCCGGUAAAGGUAAUAAAAUAAAAUACUCAUCGUUUCCAUCUGUAUACCAACUGUUAAAGUAAUUUACAAUAAAGUGUACGUUUUUAUUAUUAUUCUUUAAAAAUCAGAAGCGUUUUGUACUGUAGCUUAGCAUUUUGAAACAACAA